AUGGAGAAUGAAAUAGCAGAAUUGGGAUCUGAAUCCCACACAACUCAGGAAAUAUCAAAUCUGAAUUUGCCUAAUAUGAAUGUGAAACCACUAGAGAAUUCUGAACUAGAACAAGAUGUAUUCUCAAGUCAAAAUACUGGGCAAAGUCCAGAGGUGGUCCGUGAACCAAAACUGAGCCCUAAUUUCGGCCCUGAACAAGAAAUUGAUACACGAUCUGUUUACGUUGGUAACGUUGAUUACACUGCAAGUCCCUUGGAACUAGAAACCAUCUUUUCCAGGAUCGGGCCUGUUGAAAAAGUGACUAUUUUAGUAGAUCUGACUGGGUUUCCAAAAGGUUAUGCAUUUGUUGCGUUUGAAGAGCAGGAACAUGCAGAGAGGGCAAUAGAACAGGCUAACGGCACAAAUCUUCGAGGAAGGCCAAUCAUAGUUCUAAAGAAAUUGCGUUUGGGUAGAGGAUUCAUACCACGAGGACGAGGAAUAGGUCGUGGGAGAGGAAUAGAUCACGGGAGAGGGCGGGGAAGAGGAAGAGGACGCGGAAGAGGAAGUGGUAGGGGAGGCAGCUGA